AUUUGUUACAACUUGGGCGUAAAUCAUGCGGAAAACGAAACAUUCCGCACGGUCUAGUCUGGGCGUCGGUCUGUGUUUCUAUGUGACUAUGUCUGGUCUUACUGACCGUUGAUCCCGUUUGAUUCUUUCCAUGUUGAUCGUUUCAUAUAGACCUUAGACUUUUUGUUUCUCCUUUAUUCCUCAACCUAUCUAUGAGAUCAAAUUCGUAUACGAGUCCCCCUUACAGGCUUCUCUCUGUCUUUUCAUCUGCUUCUCAGGAUAGAUUUUGGGACAGGGACACUUGCAUGACAUACAAUAGGGCUACAUAGACUCUGGUGGACUUGAUAAAAAAAAGAUGGAGCAAGAGGAAACGCCCAUCUUGAGAACAAAUUCCCAGGUGGAAAUUGAGAUUCCAGUAGUUUCUGAAAAAAAUGAAAUCCACUCCCUGCCACAGAGUUUAUCUUGCAAACAUCUUUGUGCUUUCUCCAGACAAGAAAAUAGUACUUUGGAGUCAGAACAACGAUCAAAGUCGGUGGUAAAACUAUGUGGACUUAUCAUUUUUUAUAUAAUAGUAAUAAUAGUAGAGAUUUUUGGUGGUGUGAAAGCCAACAGCCUUGCAGUUAUCACAGAUGCAGCCCACUUGCUCUCUGAUGUUGCUGGAUUGUCCAUUUCUCUUUUCACUGUAUGGGCUUCAGGUUGGGCGGCAACAUCUCACCAUUCUUUCGGAUACAAUCGUCUUGAGGUUUUGGGUGCCCUUCUAUCUGUGCAGCUUAUAUGGUUGAUCUCUGGGAUUUUAAUUUAUGAAGCCAUUGACAGAAUUCUUUACAAAAACGCAAAGGUGAAUGGGAUGCUUAUGUUUGCGAUUGCAGCAUUUGGAUUUAUUAUUAACUGUCUGAUGGUCGCAUGGCUUGGUCACAAUCACGACCACAGCCACACUCAUCAUGCCUGUGGACACAUGGAUCAUAAUCAUGAUCAUGAAAAGGAGGAACUAUGUGCAACAACUGAAGAGGAGACUAACUUGGUGUCAGAUUCUCCAGAAAAGUCCAAAAUAUUAAACAUAAAUGUCCAAGGUGCUUACCUGCAUGUCUUGACUGAUCUGAUUCAGUCUGUGGGGGUGAUGAUUGCUGGAGCCAUCAUAUGGGCAAAACCAGAUUGGUUAGUGGUUGAUCUGAUCUGUACUCUUAUAUUUGCAGUUCUUGCUUUAAGUACUACUGUGUCUAUGCUUAGAAAUAUAUGCGGCAUACUGAUGGAGAGGACUCCAAUAGAGAUUGAUAUUGAUAAGCUAGAAAAUGGCCUCAAGUGUAUCAAAGGAGUUCAGGAUGUUCAUGACCUACAUGUUUGGGCAAUAACUGCGGGGAAAAUUGUGUUAUCUUGCCAUGUAACAGCUGAUCCUCUAGUUUCCUCGAGUGAAUUGAUUUGCAAGAUCAGAGAUUUCUGUGAAAGAACAUACAGAAUACAUCAUGUAACUGUGCAAAUUGAAUAGCAACUUAUACAUUUAACAUUCCUUCUUUCUUGUUCAACUUUCUUCAGUUCCUACUGUUUAAGUUAGAAGAGAGUCGUGAAAUAAAAAAGCAAGGCCAUUGUCUACCAA